GCCGCGCGCUGGCGCUGGCGUGCACGCUCCUCCGGCCGGUCGCCGGCACGCCCUCUUGGCCCCGCUGCCCGCACGCCAGUAAGAUGGCGGCGCCCGGCGAGCCGGCGGGCUCCCCUCGCGGCAGCCGCUUCUCCUUCCUGCCGGGCGGCGCGCGCUCCGAGAUGACCGACGACCUGGUGACUGACGCGCGGGGCCGCGGCGCAAGACAGAGAGACGACGCCACUCCUGCCGCGGCCCCGGCGCCGCAAGGUUUGGAGCACGGGAAGCGACCGUGCCGGGCCUGCGUGGACUUCAAGUCGUGGAUGCGGACCCAGCAGAAGCGGGACAUCAAGUUUAGGGAGGACUGUCCACAGGAUCGGGAGGAAUUGGGUCGCCACACCUGGGCUUUCCUCCAUACGCUGGCCGCCUAUUACCCGGACAUGCCCACGCCACAACAACAACAGGAUAUGGCCCAGUUCAUACACAUAUUUUCCAAGUUUUACCCCUGCGAGGAAUGUGCGGAAGACAUAAGGAAGAGGAUAGGCAGGAGCCAGCCAGACACGAGCACUCGAGUAUCCUUCAGCCAGUGGCUGUGCCGCCUGCACAAUGAGGUGAAUCGGAAGCUGGGCAAGCCUGAUUUUGACUGCUCGAGAGUAGAUGAGCGUUGGCGUGACGGCUGGAAGGACGGCUCCUGUGACUAGAAGAUUACCAGCAUGCGUGAGGGGCAUCUAGCCUGGUUCUAUGGGCAACAGCCUGAUUGACGAUUAAAGUGCAUCUGAGCCAACACUUGUUUCUGUAGUUGGGGGAGAGAUCCCUAGAACACUGCCUCUGGGAACCCUGCCACAAGAUUAAGAAAUGGAGGUGCCUACUACAGACACUUGGGUGGCCUCCUCAGCUAAAGCCCCAGGGGACUAAAGGUGAGAGGCAGGAAUGGUCCAGGGUGCCCUGUACCCUUCAUUUGGAACAUAGUUGCCCCAAAGGAAGAUGGGCUAAAUGAUUGCCUUACUACUACACAGCCCUGGCUGCCUACAAGAACUGUGACCCUGGCAACUCUGCCAUUUCAGAGUUGAAGCAGGGUUCCCUGGCUCCAGCAGAGUUUUUCUCUUAGGGUAUACCAACCAUGGUGCCCAGGGUCAGCCUGGCACAUGGUCUUCUGCAGCUAUGACAAGCUUGUCAGCAGAGGAUCCUGGGAACAGCUUCCUUAGCAUUUGAGACCAAAAUAAAAUGAAGUGACUUA